UUCAACACAACACUCAUCAGUUAUUAGACGUGCAGCAGUUCAAACUGUAUGAAUUCUAGGGACUGGUGAUCUAACACCUUAGCUUCUGUCUGACUACCGGAACUGUGCUUAGAGCUUUCCAAAAAAGCACGAUGACAGAACGCUUUGACUGCCACUAUUGCAAGGAGUCCCUCUUUGGGAAGAAAUACAUCCUUAGAGAAGAGAAUGCUUAUUGUGUGAAGUGCUACGAAAGCCUUUAUUCUAAUACCUGUGAGGAAUGCAAGAAACCAAUUGCGUGUGACAAUAAGGACUUGUCCUAUAAGGAUCGCCACUGGCAUGAAGCCUGCUUUCAUUGCUUUCAGUGCAAACGGCCACUGGCAGAUAAGCCUUUCGCUGCCAAGGAUGACCAAUUGCUCUGUACAGACUGUUAUUCAAAUGAGUAUUCCUCCAAGUGUCAGAGCUGCAAGAAGACAAUAAUUCCAGGCACUCGCAAGAUGGAGUACAAGGGUAACAGCUGGCAUGAGACUUGUUUCAUUUGUCAUCGUUGCCAACAACCAAUAGGCACAAAAAGUUUCAUCCCAAAGGACAAUGAGAACUACUGUGUGCCUUGUUAUGAAAAGCAGUUUGCCAUGCAUUGUGUGCAGUGCAAGAAGGCCAUUACUACUGGAGGUGUCACUUACCGUGAUCAACCCUGGCACAAAGAAUGCUUUCUCUGCACAGGAUGCAAGAUUCCAUUGACUGGUCAACGUUUCACCUCAAGAGAUGAAUUUGCCUACUGCCUGGAUUGUUUCAGUAAUCUCUAUGCCAAAAAAUGUGCUGCUUGUGCCAAUCCAAUAACUGGUCUUGGGGGAACAAAGUACAUCUCCUUUGAGGAGCGCCAAUGGCAUAAUGAUUGUUUCAACUGCAAAAAAUGCUCCAUCUCACUUGUGGGGCGUGGUUUCCUCACAGAACGAGAUGACAUCCUUUGCCCUGAGUGUGGCAAGAAUCUGUGAGAACAAAUCAAUCAACAGAAGAUUUUAUAAUAACUCUGACAGCAGCUAUAUUCAAACAACCCACCUGGCUAGCACCUACUGUUGUAUGAAUAAUCCACGAUUGUAUGUUCAGUUAUUUUGCUUGACAAUUUCAAAAAAAAAGUUUACAAAAUGUUAAUUAAUUUCAAAGGUAGUUUCAUGAAUGUUUUAGGAUGUCUUCAAAUUAAAAUUUAGUGUUUUAAUCUAGUACAUGAGUACCACAAAUAAACAAACAAAUGUAUAUAUCCCUGUAAUAUGAUAACAGUAACUGUCUAAAAAAAGUGUUUACAUCAGUAAAGAAUUAUCUGUUGAUGGAAAACUUUUGAGUUUUUGUAUAACUAUAGAAGUAAUGUGGUACAAAUGUAAAAGUCACUUUGUCAGUUAAGUUGCCUGCAUUGCAUCUGAGUUAAAAGUAACAAAGAUCCAUGUGUACACUUUAUUAUUAAGCUAACUUUAGACUGCUUUAUGCAUUCAUAUCUGGGAAAAAAUAGCUUUCCAAAUAAUGUUUUGCUAAAUUGCAUGAAUAAAUAUAUGAAGUGAAUAUUGUUUGAAGGCAUCACCAUGAGUUUCAAUAUUUUUCUCAACCAUUAAGUAUUUCAAAACAGUAUGUGUGUAAAGAAGAAAUAUGCUUUGUAGUUCUGUACUAAUUACCCACUACAUUUUUGAAGGAAAUAUUAAUGACUGCAGUAUCUGAACUCAGAUUCUUGACUGGAGUUUCUUCUUGCCAUCUGAUCCAUUGUACAAGAUUUUAAAAUAUAACCAACACUUACCCUGUGGCAAUGACAUAGUUGCCACAGGUGUACCCUCUCAUUAGAGAGAGAUGAUUGGUAAUGAAUUAACCUUAGGGUCACUAUGCUUCAGGCAAGGGGAAAGGUUGAGAGGAGAAUCCUUUCCAGAAACCUCAGCCAGUGCAAGAAUUCUACACACAUUGUUGGCAUUACUCUAUAUCACAAACUAGCAGGCCAGCCAACUGAGCUAACUGACUCCUAACAAAUUAACAGACACUGGAUGGAGAAUGAUUCUUUUGUAAAAGGUUAUUAUUGACUUUCCCUUUAAUAAAUGCCCCAAAUUUCUUUUGAAAUGGCUUUAAAAUUAUCUUUUGUGCAAUGGAUUGCUUGAUUUAGUUCUUUGUAGUAGUAGAUAUAGUCGAUUUUCAGCUCCACUAAAACUAUUUUUAGAAAAAUAAAGUUCCAACCAAUUGUUUUAGUACAGCAACAACUUUAGGAAAUUAUUACCUUUAUCUGAAUUCAUCUUUCAUUCAUAGCUCCAAGCAGAUUCCAUGAGACUUUCCUCCAUUUGAUUACAUAAUCUUGAAAAAAUGCCCUUUGAAGUUUAAGUAUUGAUGCCACAGGCAAAGGGAGAUUUAUUUUUGAAAUGUAAUUGAACAUGUGGAAUAUCCAACAGGACAUAUACGUAUGCCAUAAGAGGAAUUUCACAGUUUGAAGACUAUGUACACAAUUUAUAUGCAGAUACUGAUACAAGUAGAACUAACUCUAGUUCAUAUACUGGUCUGCGUAUUUUAAUUUUCAAUGUAUAUUUAGUAACUUUCAUAAAUUGUCACAACAUAUGUGCAUGAAACUUUUUCUGUGGUAAAAGAUAUGGUUGAUCCGUUCAAGUCUACCAUUAAUGUGCUGACUGGCUUGCAAUAAGCAUGUGAUCUCUACUUCAGCCAUAAACACCUUUGUGUGCAAUAUGUGAAAAAUGUUAUAGACAUGCCUCUCACAGUGAGGAUUCAAGAGAAAGAAAUGUGAGUUGAAAAGUUGGGGAGUGAGAGCUCAGCGAAACAGAACGUCAGGGAAAAGGAUGAGUUGUGAGGGGAAGGUUUGGCAAAAGAGAUCAAUGGGGAUCAGGAGGAUCAGGGAUGGGAGAUGAGGCAAGAGGGAGAGUCAGGAGCAGGUGAGAGAAUGAGCGAUUAGGAAGAGUCUUUUAUCUUUUACACUUCUCAAGUUAUUUUAAAUGCCAUUCAACUGACCGUUUAAAUAAAACCUUAAGUUAUCUCAAGAAUGUGACUUAAAAAUAGUACUAAUGAACUGAAACCUGUAACCCAUUCUAAAAGAUUGAGCACUCAGCUAUCAUUUCAGCUGUAUGACACUGUAAUCUUUUGCUGUAAAUUCUGUGUCUUAUGAUCCUGCUCCACAGCUACCUGAUGAAGGAGCAGCACUCUAAAAGCUGGUGCUUCCAAAUAAACCUGU